AUGUGGGGUCACGUUACGGGGGUAUGGGAGGACGACCCAGAGGACAGGGUCCUCGCAGACCAGUUAGAGGAGCGGAUGGCCAGAACAGAGGUGGCACUAAAACGGGAAACCUCACUCUUAGAGGACAGGGUGAGGCCUCUGGGUAGUGAUGACGAGGGAGACAGUGAGGGGGCGUGCCAUGACAAGGUUUCAAGGCCCCCAAGGCACCAAUUCCCUCUGCUGAGAGGGGCGGGAGGACAGUGGAUGGAUAAGCUAGACCAGCUCACUCAGGGGACAAAAUUGGCACUGAGAGAUUUCCGGGCAGUGGCAGCCAGAUGUCUGACUAAACACUCAUUGCUGGAGGUGGAAGAUAGGGCAGGGACACUGACGCAUUCUGAUGACGUUAGCUUGACGACCAUAGUACUGCACAUUGGGAACGCCAUGAGAGAAAUGUUUCCUCCUCCAACCAGAGCAGUCAUCCCAAAGCUGACAUGGGAUAAAACCAUGCACCCCAGGGAAUACCUGGAUAAGUGUACGGAGGAGUGGACACGGCGAACCGGGUCUCACCCUGGACAGCAGGGGGUACAGCGAGAAUGGUUCCGGCGGGCUGUAAUGGAGGGGGUUCCAGAGGGGGUGCGGGCUGCGAUCCUGGGCAACCCAGACUUACCAGGUGCGGACUCCCACGUGUGGGAUAGGCAUGUGAUACACCACCUAAAGCGGGCCAAGGACGAGUCAUGGAAGGAGGAGAGUGACCUUAAAGAGCUCCAAACCCAAUUGCUGAAAUUACAGGUGGGGGAGGCUAGGCAGAAGGCCAACGAGAAUAAAAAGAGAGUGCAGACUGGGAAGCUGAUGGUGGCAGAGGCGACCGCAGGGGGCCCACCCCCACAACCCAUGCCAGGAGAGGACCGGGACAGAGGAGAGGCUGACCCUAUGCUGUACCUCGUGGUCAUGGACAAAGAACUGCCAUUUCUGGUGGACACUGGGGCCACAUAUUCCACUCUGAACAUGGUUCCAAAGGACAGUCAGGUGUCCACCUCCACAGUGACCGUGGUGGGUUUCUCCGGGGUGGAACAGAAACUGCCAGAGUCGAAACCAGUCAACCUGUUGGGGAGAGACGUCCUGGUGAAGCUGGGGGCCUCCAUACUGUGUAGCGCGGAUGGCCUGGUGGUGACACUGCCGAAAGGCACCCAGCUGCGCGAUAGUACUGAGUGGUACGAGGAGCUUUUUUCAGAGCAGCUGGAAGGCCAUAAAUGGCAAGUUUCUUCCCAAAACAUCUAUGUGGGCCCCGAGGUGGUGGCCUCAGCUACCAUCCUCACUCCCGAGCAGCAGCCUUGGUACAGGAUGGGUCAGGAGGGGGUUCCCCACAUCUCAAUCGCACUGCACCCCAAAUAUCAGGCCAAAGAUCUCGACCCCAUGGUCAAAAAGGCACAAGAAGCUGAGGACUGGGUGGAGACCCAGAUCCCGGCUAUCACCUUCUCCCCCACGGGUAAUACGGGGUGCCAGUGGAGGUACACUCGUCUCCCUCAGGGCUUUGCCCUGUCUCCGGGGAUUUUCAACCAAGUUCUCAAGCAGGCCCUGGAAGGGCGCCCCUUAGCAGAUGGGGUCACAUUGGUCCAGUACGUAGAUGACCUCCUCAUUGCCGCACCCUCCCCUGAGUCGGCUCUGGAGGCCACGCGGGCAGUACUGUGCCGUCUGGCAGAGAAGGGGUUCAAGGCCGCUGACCUUGCCCUGCCAGACUACUCCCUCCCCUUUCAUCUUGAUGUUUCUGAAACAGAGACCGUGGCGAACGGCGUUCUGUUUCAGAAAAAAGGGGGAGAGAGGAAGGUACUGAUGUAUGUCAGCGUAGGCUUAGACAUGACAGAGAAACACCACCCAGCAUGCACACGGCACGCAGCGGGGGUGGAAAGAAUCAUUCAAAAGACAGCACACAUAGUGAUGGGGCUUGAGCUCCACAUCCUGACGUCACACAGUGUGGUGGCAUAUGUGAACUCGCAGACAUUCACUAUGACGUCCCUCCGGCAACAGAGACUCAGCAAAAUAUUGGAGGCCCCUCAUUUGACAUUCGUACACGAGGGGAUAAACAUGGCGGAUCGAAUGGGAACGGGGGAGCCUCACGAAUGUGAAUAUAGAGUUCUCAGAGAAGAGAAAGUAAGACCAAAUCCGGAGGCAGAGAAUAUAGAGAGAACGGAGGACUGGUUCACGGAUGGAUGCUGCUUCAGGCAUGAGACAAGGGGUCUGCAGGCAGGAUAUGCGGUAGUGGUAAGGCAGGGCGAUGACUUUGUGACCCUGAAGGCAGAGCGACUAGAAGGACCGCAAUCUGCCCAACAGGCUGAGGUGGUAGCUGUGAUUGAGGCCCUAAAAUUAGGGAAAGGCAAGGAUGUGACCAUUUACUCUGAUUCAGCCUAUGCAGUAGGGGCAGUUAAUGUGGAAUUGAGCCAGUGGUUGAGAGCAGGAUUCCUAACGGCAGGAAACAAGCCCAUUAAGCACGAAGCUGAGAUGAGGGAACUAGCAGAGGCACUACAGCUGCCUAGGACGGUGGCAGUGGUCAAAUGCAAGGGCCAUGAGGGAUCAGGGACCAAGGUGGCAAGAGGAAACCAGGCCGCAGAUGAGGAGGCCAAAAGGCUUGCAGGCUAUCAAACGGUGAGGCAACUGGUGAGUGUAGAGGAGGAAAUCAAGCAAGAACAGGAACUCACCAGAGAGAGGGUAGGACAAGAGCAGGAGAAGGCAUCACCAGUGGAGAAGGCGGUGUAG